UCUCUCACUAAAGGAGUUGAUGUCAGCAACCCUGUUCUUCAGGUGUUGAAUAUCCGCAAGAUUGAUGGAGGAAAUGGAUUGUCCCGUUUCCGUCUCAUGAUGAGUGAUGGACUUCACACUAUGUCCUGUUAGGGCGGCCCAGGCAUAGAGUCUACAAACUGAGUCCAGAUGCAGUUUGUGCAACCAAAAUACAAAUAAUUAUUACCAGGGAAAAAAACAAAAGAUUUGGUAGAUAACACAGGACUUUUAAUUAUGAACAAGCCAGAAAUACACGAGGACUCUUGGACUGCACUUCCAAAUGCUCUCUCAAACAGAUAAGCAUUCAUGCUUUCCACACAGCUGAAUCCCAUGGCUGAGCAAAACCAGUUGGCCCCCAACUGUGUCUGUUCACUUAAAAAGAGUGUCACAAACGUCCUCAAGGAUGGGCGGCGAGUGGUGGUUAUUCUGGACAUUGAUGUGGUCAAGUCUGCUGAUCAGAUGCCAGGAAAAAUAGGAGAUCCUACUCCUUAUGUGGAAGGUCAGUCAAAGGCUUCACAGUCCACAGCUCCAGCUCCAGCUGUACAGCCAUUUCAGCUUAAGAAUGGAAGUGAUGGUUCAAUGAACAGGGCCCCUGCGCAGAACUUUGGGAAAAAGCCCAUGGCUACUCCAAGCACUCCUGGAGGCACCUCUAAAGUAGUGCCCAUUGCGAGUCUCAACCCAUACCAGUCAAAAUGGACUAUCAGAGCCCGAGUCACCAACAAGAGUGGCAUCCGCACAUGGAGUAACUCCAGGGGUGAUGGCAAGCUCUUCUCCAUGGAGCUCGUGGAUGAGAGUGGUGAGAUUAAAGCGACUGGAUUUAAUAAGGAGGUGGACAAAUUCUACACUCUUAUUGAGCAAGGAAAAGUCUACUACAUCUCUAAAGGCACUAUGAAGAUCGCCAACAAGCAGUUCUCAUCUCUGAAGAAUGACUAUGAGAUGACUCUCAAUGGUGAGACUAGCAUCAUCCCUUGUGAGGACAGCCACGAUGUACCCAUGGUGCAGUGCGACUUUGUUUCCAUCGCUAACCUGGAGUCCCGGGAAAAGGAUACUAUCGUAGAUGUGAUCGGAGUGUGUAAAACUGUGGAGGAUGUGACGCGUAUCAUGACCAAGAACAGUCGAGAGGUGUCCAAGAGGAACAUCCAAAUGAUGGACAUGUCCGGCAGAGUUAUCCAGGUCACCAUGUGGGGAAAUGAUGCAGAGACUUUUGAUGGCACUGGGCAACCCAUCCUGGCCAUUAAGGGGGCAAGAUUGUCUGACUUCGGUGGGCGUUCUCUCUCCACUCUGUACAGCAGCACGGUCAUGGUCAAUCCUGACAUUCCAGAGGCAUUCAAACUGCGGGGCUGGUAUGACAAGGAAGGACAUGCUAUAGAUGGACAGUCUAUGACUGAGAUGAGAGGACCAGGAGGUGGUGGAAACACAAACUGGAAGACUCUGGCAGAAGUAAAGAAUGAGCACUUAGGCCACGGAGACAAGGCUGAUUAUUUCUCUUGCGUCGCCACCAUAGUCUACAUUCGUAAAGAGAAUUGCUUGUAUCAGGCUUGUCCCAGUAAAGACUGCAACAAGAAGGUGGUGGACCAGCAGAAUGGCAUGUACCGCUGUGAGAAAUGCGACAAAGAGUUCCCUGACUUCAAAUAUCGCCUCAUGCUUUCGGCCAACGUCGCAGAUUUCGGAGACAACCAAUGGGUGACUUGCUUUCAAGACAGUGCCGAGACCAUCCUGGGCCAAAAUGCAUCAUACCUUGGCCAACUCAAGGACUCUAAUGAGGCUGCAUUUGACGAAGUUUUCCAGCAUGCAAACUUCAAUACUUUUCUCUUCCGGAACAGAGUGAAGCUGGAGACCUACAACGAUGAAUCUCGCAUUAAAGUGACAGUAGUGGAGGCCAAGCCGGUGGACCACAGAGAAUACAGCAAGCGGCUGAUUAUCAAAAUAAGGAAAAUAGCUGCACAGUAGAAAAAAAGGCCACAGUUAUAAAGAACAAAUCCCCCAGCCAUUGUGUAUCACUUGAGUUUGUUACGAUAUCAUGUGCAUACUAAUUGUACUGCCUAUUGAUUUGCUUCGAUUUUUAUUAUGAUGUUCGUGAUAGUCCCUAUGGCUAUUUUUCCCUUUUUGAAUUACUUUGGACAUUUAAUUCAGAAAAAAACUGUUUCCAAAAACACUGCAGGAUCAGUUUAGCUGUUCAGUACUGUUGUCCCUUGGGAGGGCCCAAAUUGAAUAUUCUUUAGAAAUUGCUGACAUAUUUUGUGAUUAAGUGAAGGGAGGGGUUUUAGAGAGUGCUUGGACAGUUCAACACACACAGUUCAAAGAGUACAGCCCCUGUCUUAGUGUAAGAAUAGCUGGGCUGGACCUGCAGAACCUUGAUGAGACCAUUCACAUUCUCUCAUAUGCCAAACGUACUUAACAGGCACACACUGUAUUUAUAUUGAUAUAUGCUGAAUUUCCGUACUCUUUCUGUUGUGCAAGUAAUAAAACUGUUUGUGA